UCGGUGUGGCGAAUGUCAUCAGUUAACAAGAGCUCACACAGCCAGGUACAUCUACUGUGGAUUCAGUGGCACGUUGCAUCUAGCUCUUUAACAGAAUAUCUGUUUACCCCACGCACAAGAUGCGCGCAUUUGUGAUCCUUGCCUGUGUGGCAUUUGCCUAUGGGCGGCCUGAAGCCCCACUCGGGUACAACUACCCAGCCCCUUCAAGGCACUCAGCUCCAUCAGGCAGCUAUGGAGCCCCAUCUCUUGGAGCCAUAAGAGUUCCUUCUGGAGGCCACUCUGGCCUUUCAUUCGGCGGUGUCUCUGGAGGCCAAUCUGGCAUUUCGUUCGGAGGUGUCUCUGGAGGCCAUUCAGGUGGAUUCUCAAGUGGACUCUCAGCAGGAGGCUUCAGCAGUGGCAGUGUUUCAGGAGGAUUUGCAUCUGAUGCCGGUUUUGGUGGUGGCUACGCUGGAGGCUACUCUGGUGCACCUUUAGUACAGAAGCACAUCUACGUUCACGUUCCACCUCCAGAACCCCAGGAACAGAGACUGCCCCGCAUCACCCCAGUCGCUCCCCCACAAAAGCACUACAAGAUCAUCUUCAUCAAGGCCCCAACCCCUCCCACUCCCGUUGCUCCCAUCAUUCCCGUUCAGUCUCAGAACGAAGAGAAGACCCUCGUAUACGUUCUGGUUAAAAAACCCGAAGAACAGCAAGAGAUCGUCAUCCCCACCCCAGCUCCUACUCAACCCUCCAAACCAGAAGUUUACUUCAUCAAAUACCAGACCCAGAAGGAAUCCGACGCUGCUAUUGGUGGUGCUAUCGGUGGUGGUUCAAUUGGAGGUGGUCUUAUUGGAGGUGGUGCUAUUGGAGGUGGUGCUAUCAGCGGUGGCUCUAUCGGUGGUGGUGACUUCAGUGCUAUCAGCGGAGGUGCUGGUCUCGAAGGUGGUGCAUCCGGUCAUGGAAGCGAAAUCUCUGGAGACUUCGGAGCAAGUGGUUCUGACGAGAGUGCAUCAGCUGGUCACGGUGCCACCAGCUCCCAGUAUGGACCCCCCGGCCAUGUAGCUGGCCCACUACAUUAAAUCGAAAUUGGCUCUAACAUAGGUGGUACGAUAAAAUAAAGCUGCUUAGCGAAAUUAAGACCUAGAUAAAUAAAUACAGAUUAUCCUGCCACCGGAAGCUCGCGAUUGGACCUCUGUAAAUAGUCAUCACAACCAACCUCGAGCUUCUAAGACGUACCCCUUACGUCCGCCAUUAACUUGUUAUUAGUGCACAGUGUUGUUAUUCAAAUGAAGUAUUGCGACUGUUAUGUUUAUGUAUAGCUUUUUUAUUUUUGUAAUAAAAAUCAUAAUGUAAUGCA